CAUAGAGUAGUCCCCCUUCGCUACUGCUGCGCUUGGGCAUGCGCAGUGUUCGUAGCACCGGAAAGAUGGCAGAGGAACCGGAAAGAAAAAGGAUCCCUUUGGUACCAGAAAAUCUCCUGAAAAAAAGAAAGGCUUAUCAAGCCCUCAAAGCCAUCCAGGCAAAGCAGGCACUUUUGGCAAAGAGAGAGAGGAAAGUGAAGGAGUUCAGGUUUAAGCGACUGGAAUCAUUUAUACAUGAUUCUUGGCGGCGGCAGCGUGACAUAGUGCGAGUCCGACGACUGGAGGUGAAGCCCCAUGCUUUGGAAGUCCCGGAUAAGCAUUCCUUGGCCUUUGUUAUCCGCAUGGAAAGGAUUCAAGGGGUGAGUUCACUGGUGCAGAACACCAUUGCCAGACUUCGUCUGAAGAAAUUGUUUAGUGGUGUCUUUGUCAAAGUCACCCCCCAUAGCAUAAAAAUGCUGCGCAUAGUGGAGCCUUAUGUGACCUGGGGAUUCCCAAAUCUGAAGUCUGUCCGGGAACUCAUCUUGAAACGAGGACAAGCCAGGGUACAGAACAAGACCAUCCCUCUGACGGACAACACAAUGAUUGAGGAACACCUGGGGAGAUUUGGUGUCAUUUGCCUGGAAGACCUCAUCCAUGAAAUUGCCUUCCCAGGGAAGCAUUUCCAGGAUAUUGCCUCAUUCUUGUGCCCUUUCCACCUCUCUGUGGCCCGUCAUGCUACCAAGAACAGGGUGGGAUUCCUCAAGGAGAUGGGCUUGCCUGGCUACCGGGGUGAACGCAUCAAUCAGCUCAUCCGCCAGCUGAACUAGACCAGGUUUUUCAAAAGCACGAAACAUUGGAAGUAUUUUUGGGGUCUUUUAAUUAUCAAGUAUCUUCAGAGAAGAUUAUUUUCUGCCUUCAAAGACUGAAGGAAGGAAUCAGGAGACAGAACAGUAUGUGUUGCAGGCAUGUCCUCACAGUCUACUUCCAAGGAAGAGUAUUAUUUCCCCCAUUGGCUGCCAUUCUAUAAAAUCAACACCUUGGAUGCCUUGGAUGAAGGAAUUGACUGGAUGGUUAUAUCUUCUGUGUUGGUGUUUAAUGUUGGUGGAUAAAUAGCCCAAACAUGUAUGGGCCUCCCCAGGACUCCUGCAGCAGUGGACCAGACCCAGAGGCAUACUUGAAUCUGGGAAUUCCAGGGCCUAUUUUUUUAUAUUGUUGUGGGGGUUUCUCAUUGGCUAUAGCCCUGGCUGGCCUUAAACUCAGCAGUCCUGCCUCAGCCUCCCAGAGCUAGGAUUACAGCUAGGUGCUGUCUUCCACAAAGUCAUGAAAUGCAGUUAGGAAGAUCACAAAAACAGGUGCUCGGUUUUCUGUGCUGAGUCUAUUCUUGUGUUCUCAGUGUCACCUUUGACCUGUCAGGCUUGACUGAGUGUAUAUGGUGGCACUCGUAUCCUAACCUGCUAUUGACAGUCCUCAUCUCUAGCUAGAAUUUAAGAAAGGAGAAACCCCUUUAAACAGGAUAUGCCUGUACUCAGUUUUUACUUGGAACUUGUUGCUAGGCCCUUUCAAGGCCUGUGCAUGCUCUGUGAGGGUGUCUUGCUUUUAUGACCAUUGGUCCACUAGGCCCUGACCUCUGGUUCUGUGCCCUGAAGCAGACUGAAGCUUACCAAUUGGUGUUUCCUGUGAAGACUAUAGUGACAUGGGGUUGGAGAGAUGGCUCAGCAGUUACGAGCAUUGGCUGCUCUUGCAGAGCACCUAAGUUUGGUUCCCAACACCAACAUGGUGGGUAGCAGCCAUCUAUAACUCCAGUUCCAGGGGAUCCGACACCCUGUUCUGACCUCUGCAGGGACUGCACAACAUGAGUGCACUUACAUGCAGGCAAUACACUCAAUGCACAUAAAAUAAUAAGAUAUAUUUUUUAAAAGACUUUAGUGACAGUGUUGCUUCCUGAACCAUGUAUACCUAGGAAAUGCCCACCAAGUUUACCUCUGAGCUUCAAGAUAGACUUGUUGGAUUUCCCUGAUCAGCCCUUUCUAUAAAACCCACAUCGAGGCUGGUGAGAUGGCUCUGCAGGUAAAAGUGCUUGUCACACAAGCCUGACAAAAACUGGCAUGAAGAAAAAAAGAACCUGGAGUUGACAGUACACUUCUGUCACCUCAGCAGGGUCAAUAGAAGAGAUGGAGAUAGAAUUGGAAGAUUCAGGGCCUGCCACCUAGGAGUACACAGCACAGUGGCUGAAAUGAGAGACUGUGCCUCAAAAAAAUCAAAAGUGGAGGACUAGGUAAAUGACUCGGCAGUUAAGAGCACUUACUAUACUUGUGAAGAACCCAGUUCCCAGCACCUACAACAGAAGGCUCACAACCACCUAUAACUCCAACCCCAGGGGAUCCAGUACCUCUUCUGCAGUCUUUGGGCAUGCACAGGAAUAAAAGUUUAUUUAAAAAAAAAAAAAAAAAAAA